AUUCCAGCAACCUCCUCACCUUUGCAGUACUCCCAGUAUUAACAGACCAGAACACAGAAUGAAAGCUAACAAAAUGUCAGGAAUGCGGAAUCUUCUACCGUUAACGUUGGCGAUACUAAUGAGUUUUUGUUUUUGCUCUUGUUCUGUUUUCAACUCGCACAACUACUCCGACGCCUUGACAAAAUCGAUUUUAUUCUUCCAAGGACAGCGUUCGGGAAAAUUACCGUCUAAUCAACGUCUUACUUGGAGAGGCGACUCUGCAUUAGCUGAUGGGUCUUCUUAUCAUGUGGAUUUGGUGGGAGGAUAUUAUGAUGCAGGAGAUAAUGUGAAAUUUGGACUGCCUAUGGCGUUCACAACGACAUUGUUAUCAUGGAGUGUUAUCGAAUUUGGUAGCUAUAUGAACCGUAAUCAAAUGGAUCAUGCAAGAGCUGCAAUUCGUUGGAGUACUGAUUAUUUACUGAAGGCAGCAACAGCUACACCAGAUACCUUAUAUGUUCAAGUUGGGGAUCCUAGUAUGGACCAUAGGUGUUGGGAAAGGCCCGAAGAUAUGGAUACGCCUCGGAAUGUGUAUAAGGUUUCUGCACAAAACCCCGGCUCUGAUGUUGCAGCUGAGACAGCUGCUGCAUUAGCUGCUGCUUCAAUAGUGUUUAAAGAAUCCGACCCUUCAUAUUCCGCCAGACUGCUUCAAACCUCCAUGAAAGUCUUUGAUUUUGCUGAUCAGCAUAGAGGUUCUUACAGUGACUCUCUCAACUCAGUUGUCUGCCCUUUUUACUGUUCUUAUUCUGGAUUCCAAGAUGAGUUAUUAUGGGGAGCAUCAUGGAUUCAUACUGCUUCGGAAAAUAGUUCGUACUUGUCUUACAUCCAGAAUAACGGCCACACACUAGGCGCAGACGACGAUGACUACUCAUUCAGUUGGGACGAUAAACGAGUUGGGACCAAAGUGCUUCUUUCCAAGGGUUUUUUGGAUAAGCAGGUCGAAGAAUUUCAGUUGUACAAAGCUCAUUCUGACAACUACAUUUGCUCAUUGAUCCCGGGGUCACCUACUUUCCAAGCUCAAUACACUCCUGGAGGGCUUCUCUACAGAGGAGGUGAAAGCAAUUUGCAAUAUGUUACAACAGCAUCAUUAUUGCUUUUAACAUAUGCGAAGUAUCUCAAAUCGUACGGCGGAGUUGCUUCGUGUGGAUCGUCAACCAUCACACCUAAAGACUUAAUCGCAUUGUCAAAGAAACAAGUCGAUUACAUUCUAGGCCAAAAUCCAGCAAAAAUGUCUUACAUGGUAGGAUUUGGAGAAAAGUUCCCACAACAUGUUCAUCAUAGGGGCUCUUCGCUUCCAUCCAUACAUUCACACCCUGACAAAAUCAACUGUAACGAUGGUUUUCAGUAUCUUUACUCUGGUUCGUCGAAUCCGAAUGUACUUACUGGUGCUAUAUUGGGCGGUCCUGACGAGCAUGACAAUUUUUAUGAUGACAGAAAUAAGUAUCAACAAUCUGAACCCGCGACUUAUAUUAAUGCACCGUUUGUGGGUGCAUUAGCUUUCUUUUCGGCAAGACGCUAAAACGACUACUAAGUACUAUUCUAAAGAUUACUUUUAUUGUAUUUCAUA